CUGGCCUUUUCAUUCAUCAAUGGAAUGUUCUAGGUAGAGAUAUUGAGCCAUAUCUAAAAGUUCGUCUUCGCUCUCCGCAUCUUGACUCCAACUAAAGUUUGGGCUGCUCACCGACUCAUUCAUCCUUAGAUUAUCUUGGUUGGAGAUGAGUUCUGGGUAGUUGGGAUUUGCCUGGUAAAGGCAUCAAUUUUGAUUGAGUGGCAUCGCCUCUUUGCCCCAACUCGAGCGCGGACAGUGUUCACGAUAAGCUGUUUAAUCUUGCUGGCGGUCAACGUACUCUCUUACGCUGGAAUUCUUAUAGCCCUCAACCUAAACUGCCAUCCUUAUGAACGAAUCUGGAAUAAGACAAUUUCAGGGUCGUGUAUCGAUCUUAGAACAAUCCACCUCGUUGCGGCAUUUAUUAACCUGAUACUCAACAUCGCCAUCCUACUGCUCCCGCAACGCAUCAUAUGGAAACUGAAGCUGUCUUAUGUAAAGAAAAUUGGCAUUUCUACCGUUUUCACAAUUGGCAUACUGUGAUUGAGCCCACACUCUUAAGAAUCUUAUUAUAUCCUGCUAAUAUCACGUCUUACAGCGCAACGAUAGCCUCACUCUUUCUGAUUUUCGCCAUUUUGGCCUGGAAAAUGUCAUCAGACAUGACGUAUUAUUACUCCGGUGUAGUCCUGUGGGCGAUAGCUGAGAUGACGUGUGGAAUCCUUAUUUUCUGUGCGCCAGUUGUGCCCAGGUUCUGCCAAGACCUGAAGCUGGAUGCAUGGUUCUCGGAACUGCUGGCAUCGAGCUUGUCCUUUGCGGGUAGAACCAGCUGGAGCAGCACCAUGUCACAAAAUCGCGAAGAGCGGCGCUCUCGGUCUGUGUCGCGCGAUGAUCGGGAGACUGACGAGACCGGGAGUAUCCGCAUGCGUGUGUAUGGGUCCCCGCGGCCAACUGACCGACAAUACGGCAUCUUCGUCACCACCGACAUCGUUGUGGACACGGUGCAGAAUAAGCCGGCUGCAGGAGCGGGAGAUUCGGACGAGCAAUUUCAGUAUUCAUGGGCUGCUAAGGCCUCAGGAGCCGCUGCUGUAGAUCAUGAAUAUGAUGUACGAAAUCAUAAUUAAACAUAUCAAGACAUCCACGUGGAUCAUUUAUCAACUAGUUUAGCUUUAGAUCUUUACCAUCAAUUUCUCGUAUCGCCUAGCUGUGAGGAACUCGGAGGAGGUGUACUCUUUGACAUCAGACCCCACAGCGGAUUU